AUGACACCUCCAAUCCGUACUUAUGGAAAGAAGAGAAGUGCGAUUGGUCCCUUGGGUUCACGCAGUCGACCCAAGACUUCGACUGAUCUGUCGCCAGCUAAGAAAUCAGAUCCUCCUUCGCCGUCUGUAAACGCCUGCUGCGAGACCAUGACGCAAACUACUCAGAGUCAAGAUAAUAGCCAGCCAACCAGCAUCGAGAGAAUUGCAAGUGCUUUACUCGACGACAGCAGUUCAGAGCUGCCAGAAGAAGAGGCCAUACAACAAACGGAGAAAGACCUUCUGGACGCUUCAACUUCUACUCCUCCGGUUCUUGAGGACAUUACGUCAGAAGUUGGAGAACAACGCAUCUGCUCUCAUUCACCAACUUCAUCCAAAGAUAGGGCAUCUAGCAGCAGUCGAGGCUAUCGACCCGGCGCUCCGCGAAUUCAGAAACCUUCCCCCAACAACAGAUUUGCGAAGUCUUCCAGGCCACGACGAAGCUCAACUUCGUCUCCUAAACGAAAAGACUGCAGUUUGAUCCGACCCCUGACGAGCCCCUUGAGAAACUCGGCUAGCCGUUCCUCAUAUAUCAUCGUGAAAGACUCAGAGGCAAUUUGCCUUCUUCCGCACAACGUUAUGGAUGGAGCUCCGAGAAUCCUCCUUCAAGGCGAGAUGGCCGAUGAGAAGUGUGCGAUGGUAACCAAUCCCGAUGAUAUUCAGGAAAAGAUAUGUGCCAUGUUGGCGGCCACAGAUGCUCUGAAGCCGUCGUCUUCUCAGCCACGCAAGUCACCUAUUUCCAAGAUGUCUCGUAUGACUCCCUCGCGAAUGUUGGCCAAGGUAUCAAGUGCAUGGGACCGGUUGCAGGUCAAGUCGUCUAGUUCGGGAUCCAAACCGCGUUCCAAGCUCACGAAGCAGCCAAUUCAGGAAGAUAUUGAUGGUCCUUUAACUUCACAUCCUGUGUUUUCCUCUCCCGUCAUACGCAGGACACCUCUGAUUGAUGCUAUUGAAAUUCGUCUCAACGAGGGUGACAACCUCAACAGAAAGAAGGUCCAGCAAAUGGUGGGUGGCUGCGUGCCUCGCAAACCUGUCGCCAAUGACGGAAAGGCUCUCAGGAGUGGCCGAUCCAUAGAUGACCCUUUUGCCGAACCUGCUCUGCUACACAGCCCAAAGAUGAUUGAAAAUCAUGCGAAUCUGAAGGUUAUGAUUGGAUCCAACAGAACUUCUCUGCUCAUCAUUGAUCCAUUCGAGGCUGAGAGGGGAUUUGACAGUAACCUCGAAGACGGGAUUUUGAGCUCUUCCCCGGUCUGCGCAUCAACGCCUCGGAUUCAUCUUCAUCGAGUUCAAACGCCUACGAUGGAUGAUAGCCUCGAUGAACAAUGCUCGAAGCUGCCGACUCAGACGAGCCUAGAGAAAAUGACGACAGACUUGACGACUGUAUAUCAAUCCCAAGAAGUUGUGUCGCUCAAGAAAACUCCAAGCCAAAGUGGGCAUAUGCGGCCUCUGCCAAAUACUGACCGCGUCAAGGUUGGAUUGAUGCGAGACAAGCCUUCUUUGGAUGCAUGCGCCACAAAGUGGACAAAGAAACACCCAUCCCCUAGCAAGCGAGAUUUGGAAGAGCUUGAAAUAGCUUUUCGAUGCUAUAGCGAGCUCAAGAAGCGUGGAAUAGGCGAAGAAGCAGAUGAGCUUGCCGCGCACUAUUCACCCUCUUCCCGAUAUUUAUCCCCUAGGGACACGAACAGAAUGAUGGUAGUCCGUGAAGAGGGCACAAAGCCUGUGUCUGCCUGGGCAGAUCAAUCCCCUGCCAGAGCUCAAGCACGGCGCCCAAUUGACGACCUGAGAGGCCAUCACAUUCGUCUUGCCCCCCCUUAUCGGCCGAUGAUUCCACAGUCUGACGAGACUGACGAGCUGUUAUAA